AUGGCACGUAAAGGGGAAGUGCAAAUUAUUAACCCACCCAGUGAUGUAAUAUCGGCGGUAAAGUUUUCUCCCAAAACCAGCCAAUUUCUACUCGUUUCGUCGUGGGACACCAGCGUCCGGUUGUACGAUGUUGUCAACAACACGCUCCGCCAUAAGUUUUUCCACACCUCACCCGUGCUGGAUUGCACUUUUUUGGAUUCCGUAAAAACCGUCAGCGGUGGACUGGACAAUACGGUGAAGCUGUACGAUCUGAACACACACAUCGAGCAUAACCUGGGAACGCACGAUGCCGCCGUGAAGUGUGUUGAGUAUGCGUCGAUGGUCAACGGGAUACUCACCGGAAGCUGGGAUCGAACGGUGAAGCUGUGGGACGGGCGUGAAAAAGAGUGCGUGGGAACGUAUGACCAGAGUGCCGGCAAAGUGUACUCGAUGAGCUGUAUCGAGGAGCGGCUCGUUGUGGCCACCUCCGACCGGAAGGUGUUGAUCUGGGAUCUGCGACACAUGAGCAACUAUGUCGAGCGACGCGAAUCGUCGCUAAAGUAUCAAACUCGCACCGUGCGUUGCUUCCCGAACAAGGAAGGGUACGUGAUGAGCUCCAUCGAAGGACGGGUAGCGCUGGAGUACUUCAAUCCGAGCCCGGAAUGGCAGAUGAAAAAGUUCGCCUUCAAAUGCCACCGGUCGAAGCAGAACGAAAUUGAACAUAUCUAUCCGGUGAACGCGAUUAGCUUCCAUAAUGUGUACAAUACCUUCGCUUCGGGCGGUUCGGAUGGUUUUGUAAACAUCUGGGACGGGUUCAACAAGAAGCGGUUGUGUCAAUUCCACAUGUACGAUAGUUCGAUAUCUAGCUUGUGUUUCAGCGACGAUGGAAGCGCACUGGCGAUCGCCUGUUCGUACAUGGAUGAGGCUGAAACCCCUCCGGAACCGUACCCAGAACCGAUACUGUACGUACGUUACGUGAGCGAGCAGGAAACGCGACCAAAGUAG